AUGAGCUCCGCCAGCGCCAUAGGCAACACCGGCGGGUACAGCUAUGCUCAGGGCAACAAAUCUAGCGUCAUGAACCCCGAGAGGAUGCCCAGCGCCGAAGCAGACUAUGCACGCACCCGGACUGCCGAGAUCAUGGAUGCGCUGAGAAAUGGGAAACCUGGCGAGGCCGACAAAAUGCUAGGGAAGGCGCCACCGAAGUAUGGUCGUAAACCGCCGAAGUACGAGGAGGGUGGUGUGGAGGCUACUAGUAGUGCCGAUGCGUCGGAGAAGGUGGUAGAGGAUGAGGGUGGGGAUGAGGGUGGGGAUGUACUUGUUAGCAAUUCUGAGGGAAAGCCUGAGGGCAAGUCCGGAGUGUCUAAGUGGUUUAAGGGCAAGUUUAAUGUUAAGGGGAAGUCGGAUGAUAGUGUUAUUCGAUGA